GCGGGGCUCUGCGGGUCCACUGGGAGACGGAAUUGUCGCGGGGUUCCUGUUUGCAGGCCAGCUUCUUGUUCAGAGUGCCCGCUUUACUGGCGUGCCCCUUGCCCGAAUCGAGAUGUCAACCCAACCCUCCUCACAAUGCUCAUCUUCCCUCUCGUCUUCCGUAUCCGUUUGGCCCAAGGUCCGUAACAGCACGUUCUAGCAUGUUUUACCCAACAAGUAAGAACCCAUCAGUGCAGGCACUGCCCGGGGGGAAUCAUGACGGCCCUCCGCGGACUCGUGCUCUACGCAUUGGCCUGCGCAGGGACAGGCCUGAUGGUUAAAGACGACAUUAUCCCAGUGUACAACCUGACUUUCUGCAACGCAUACGCUGACAGCACCCCCCUUAACGUCUACACGCUCAGGAGGAUGGCACGAGUCACGGAGGAGCCGCUCAAGUACAAGGAGUGCAGGUUGAUCCCGAUGCAGCUGGUGGAGGGCGAGCUCAUCGAGUUCAAGCUGGGCGGCAUCAGUGUGGGCACUUUCCGCGCCAGCGGUCUGCCCCGCACCACAGCGAGCUUGGUGCUGGUCCCGUACCACCGCACGAAAGGCUCGCUGGCCGCCGCUUUCGCCUCCCACUCGUUCGGUACCCAGGCUGGGCAGCAGGCCCAGAUGGUAGUGAUUGACGCGUACGCUGGCACCCUGAACGGGACCAUGAAGAUCGAGACCUACGGCGAGAAGCGUAGGAGGAUUAUGGAGAUGAAGAGUGGCUCGCAGGUCCGGCUGUCCUCUGGGAGCUACCAGAUUGACCUGAACGACGCCAGCGGCAAACGGAUUCAGGCCGCCGCGCUGAAGGCCGCCGCCGAUGCCAGAUACGUGGUGCUGCGCGUCGGCAGCGAGGCCGAUCAUUUCACCCAGGAGCUCGUGGUGUCGUCGGUCGAGGGGAACGCGGGCGUCCAGAGCACCCGUCGGUCGAGGGGAACGCGGGCGUCCAGAGCACCGGCAGCAGCUCUCUCAGGGCCAGCCUCGGUGCCUUUGCCGCCACAGCCGCGGCGUCCUCUUUUGCAGCGGCCACGGCAUAAAUUCUAGUCGCUGGUCUGUCAGAGGAGAAGGAGGGGGAGACAGAAAUUCACGCGCAAACUGUCCAUCUCUCGUUCAAGUACCGUGUGGGAUAAAUGAUGCUGAGGUAUUUAGUUGCGUGGCACUGCAGCCCAGGGUAGCAGCGCCUUUCACGCAGCAGUGUCCAGCGAGCUGCAGUCCAAGGCAGCAGCUCAUGUACAGUGCUGGCCGCUGCAUCCUUGGCACCUCCUGCUGAGAGAACAUGCGAGAAAAGAUCCCCUCGGCAGAGCUAUCAUCGAGAAACAACAUUGCGGGCGGACGGACGACGGACGUCGGACGACGGACGAAGACGACGG